CGCUCUCUGGUUGUCAGUCUCCUCAGUAGCCGAUUAGCAGCCUCUGCCGCGCAGCUCCUUCGCAGAAGCCUGACGGCGGCUGCUGGGCACCUCGGCACCGUGCUGCGCCACAUCUGGGAGCGGAUCAGUUCCCAGGAGUCCAAGGAGGCCAUCCUGGGCUGCGUCCUGUGCAUUCUCAACAUGCACAAGAAGGUGGACAACUAAAUUCAGGAGGAACGAGUACAGUUUGGACUUUUUAUUUGUGAUUUAGAAGAGCUGAACGAACCAUGUCGGAGAGCAUCGUGAGGAAAAUCCAACCGUUCACCAUCGGGACCAAACUCUCGGCGCCAGCCGUGCCAAAGUGCUCAGACUUCCCCGAUGGCUUUCUUCCAAACCGGACGUUUUCGGAUAACUGCACACUGAGGCACCUGAACAAACAGGUGUCUCUUUAUCUCGGCCGCGACAGACACUGCAGACCCGCGGCGAAGCAUCGACACAAAGAGAUGUCCGACGACCACCUGAACCGAAACACAGUCUCCCCACCGAACGCUGCGUCCAGAUCCAUCCGUAAGAUCACCAUCUCCAGCCGAAUGGAGGCGGCGAAAGACAGACUGACUCCAGGGAUGGAGCUGAAGAAAAUAAGAGCAAAUUCUGAGAAUAUUAAUAACAAUAACAACAUCACAACCUCCAACACACAGCUGCCUAAAAUAGUGGGUGUCAGCUGUGAGAAUAAACCCAGCUCACAGUUUAAGGUGUUGCUGUGUAAAGAUGGUGAAAAGCAGUGCAGUGGUGACCGAGAGAAAUUCACUCCUUCUCCACAGACCCAGAUACUCAAAACCCAAGCGAGAAAGGACGUGGUGGACAGUCCCUCCUGCGAGCACAAAGACAUGUGCUUGGCUUCAAAAGUCUCAUUGGUGCAAAGUGACCAGAGUUUUACUCAUCAAAACACCAUCUUCAAUAAGGAGAUCACUCAGGCUGAGACGUGGAUCAGAGCGAAGCUGCGAGACCUGAGGGACGCCAGUAACGUCCACAGAUGUCCUCUGACCGACUGGGAGGAAGUUUGUCAAACCCUCCAGAGAGAUUUGAAGGACUUUGAGAACACCAUCUUUCAACUCAACCAGAUGGGAGAGCAAUUAAUGUGCAAGCUUAACCCGACGGCUGACCUGGUGAAGAAACAUCUGGCUCAGAUCCGCGACCAAUGGAACGCGCUCAAACAGACGGCAGCCAAUCAAAUCAAGGCGAUGGGCGGGGCUAAGGCUCUCCAGGAGUUUAAUAAGAAGGUGGACCGUCUGGAGGCGUGGAUCAAAGCGAAGGAGCAGGAACAAUCGCUGGCCAACAUCCUUGGGGAAAACACUGACAAGAUGCAGCUUACCAGGAAGAUACUGGAUUUGAAACAGGAUGAGCAGCUAUAUCAUAAUCUUCAUGAGGAGAUCAAUCAUAUGGCCCUCAGACUGGAAAAACAGGGAAAGACUGAAGGAAAGACCAUCUCAACCCGCAGGAAACAUAUCAACAAAAUGUGGCUGAAGGCCCAGUCGCACCUGAAAGAAUAUCAGGAGAAUCUCCAGCUCGCCCUCGAAGUCUCGUCCUUCUACCAGCAGGCCGAUAACAUUGUCUGUUCCAUCGACAACAUGAGAAAAAGCCUCUCUGCGAGCAACGGAGUGGAAAACGCCAGAGACGGGGAAAUCCGGGACGUUGCCAGUCAAAUCAUGAUGCUGGAUGUGAGCGUUUCCCAGCUCUCCAACCUGCACCCGGCGCUGGCGGCCCGCGUCGCACAGAAGCAGAGCGAGGUGAAAGACUGCUGGGCCAUCCUCCAGAAGAUUCUCAGGAACGAAAAGGCAGCUCAACUCCCCUCCACCCCCUCAUUAACCAGGGACAGCAGUGACCCUGAAACCCAGAGCAGCGUGGGAACAGACCCACACAGAAUUAUGGGAAAGGAGGUUAAACAGGAGCAAAAUCGUCUGAAGGGGUUUACGGCCGGGAGAGACGCCGAGUGCUACGGGAAGCCCGCAGACAGCCGGGAUGCCUGUGCCAGCGAUGUCCCCCUCAAACUCCACACAGCCACUGAAAGUGGGAACGCGUUGAGGCCCGAGUCCAGCGGCCACACGCCGCUCCACACGCAACUCCAGAAGUUCACCGUUUCUGCAGACAAGACUCUCUCCUGGCUCAAAGACAGCGUUGCGAUGGCCACUCAGAUCUGCAGUUUGGCCGGGCCGAACGGUUUUGAAGCAGCCAAGAGGCGCCAGGCCUCACUGGAACAGGAUAUCCUGUCCAACAGAGCCAGGAUAGAGCUGGUCAAGAAGGAGGGUUACAGUCUGGUGAGGGCUCAGCAUCCGGGCAGCAUCAAGAUCCAGGAGUUUCUGAGUCAGCUGGAGGUUCUGUGGGACGAGCUGAAGAGAAGACAUGAGAGGAACGGUCUGGUCCUGAAGGUCUCAGAGGAGCUCAACUACAGGGUGGUGCGGAUGCUGCAGUCUCUGGCCAGUCUGGAGGCGUGCCGCUGUGCAGUGAGCUUGACUCUGGACCGUCUCUUCUGGGCUUGCCGAGGACAUGAUGAGCCCCUGAUGGAAGCCAUUGGGAACCCUGUGAAGGAGCUCAGAGAAGCUGUUGAGAUGCUCAAUGACACGGCGCGGGAGAGGGGCCGCUCGCAGUCACAUGACCAGAGCAUCCAGGAACUGCUCACCAGGCAUGCCAUGGUGUCAGCGCGCGUGGAGCAGUGUCUGCAGCGCUGUGCCGAACUCGCCGUAGAUGUGCUGGAGAUGGAGAGUGAGAUGGCUGUGAGAUGUGAGCCGGAUCGCUGCGGUCUGGAUGACCUGCAGGAGUACCAGGACCAGCUGGAGAUCAGAGAGAGGAUGGAGGAGCUGAGGAGCAUGCUGGGAUGGAUCCUGGUCCACUGGAGGGCUCAGAAGGAUCAGCUGUUGAGCAGACAGAAGGCUGAAGAAGCUCAGACAGACGCUAUUUACUCAGAGGCCACGGUCUGCAGCCUGCAAACACAGGUGGAAACCUCACCCGAGGCUUCUCAGAAGGGAACGGAAAGCCUCACAAGUGCUCCCCCUGGUGACAUGGAGGACAGUUUGCAGCACAAUUAUGAAUACGAGGUGAUGAAGAGUGUCAGUCCUAAAGGAAGCGAUGAUAGCGGUCAUUUAAAAAGGCCGAACUCGCCGUACCUGGUGCUGAAGGAACCCAGUCCUUCAGCUUUAGGAGGCACUGUCAAUCUCAUCCUCAGCUUCAGUAACUCUGGAGACACACAAAUCCAGGUACAAGCGCCCGGCAGGGAAGGUGGCGUGCCGGUGCUCGAGCCUGUGCACAGGCCUCACACUUCUGCCUGUAAAAGUUUCUGGAAGCGCUGCCAGGGGAUUUUUGGUAGUUUAAAGCAAAAGAAAAAGAUUUAUCGACACAGUGCAGAAGAGGUAAGUACUUACUUGCAUGUUACAGAAAACAACACGGCAGUGUAUGAGAGUAUGACGCUUCCCCAAGACAAAGCCUCGAGGCCCUCUUCCUCCUCUUCCAGGACCUCCCUGUAUGCUUUCUCCUCCCCUUGCACCUCCCCAUACUCCUCGUCCUCCAUUGAAGACACCCUUCAGCAGACCAACAACCUCCUGCCAAAGAACAGCAACAUCUCAAUCUUUAGCAGCCUGAAGAGGAAGAGCAAGAAGGCGAAGAAGAAGAAAGAUGACCGUAGACACACCAUUCAGAAGAUCAUGGGAGAGGAGCUGUCGGAGGAGGCUGGGUUGCCACCUGUAUGUGAACCGGUGACAUACGAUACACAUACUUGGCCCCUGAAGGAAAGGAAGAAGCGGAAAAAUGCAAGGAAACCAAACAGCGAUGGGACUCAGGUCUUGGACUACAUAAAGAACCCUUUAGUGAAAGACAUAGAUGCAGAAUGUCCUGGAGAGGUUGGAUUUCCAGUUCACCAUACCUUAGAGGUUGCCACCCAAGGACAUGUGAAGAACCACUGCAGAUUUCUGUCCUUGGGUUCUGUGUUAAGCUUUGACCUGCCCAAGGAUAUGAGCCUCAUCCCUAGCAUUCAAGAUGUCAUCACAAUUGGCCCUCUUGAGCAAAAAAAGACAGACUCUUAUCACCAGGACUCUCAGGUUGAUCGUCCAACAGCUCUGAGCACCUUUAAAACAGCCCGCUCACCUCCAACACAAAAAGAAGAGCUCAAACUAAUUUCCCCUGGUGAAGUAACCCUCAAGAUUGAUUGUAAAGACUCCAAAAAGAUCAGCAUUGACACUGUAUCAUUUACUAAAGAUGAAUUUCCUCCUACACCUUCUCCUGUUGUUGAAGACAUCUCAUUUGAGGAGAAUCGUCCCUCAUUACUCAGUGAUCUGACCAAUAUCCAACAGAAACACCUGUCUGGGAUCAGUAUAGUGCCUAAAGAAGAGGUGGUUAGUUGGGGAGCUAAUGAAACUCAACUUGACAGCAAAGAGAACUACAAUGUAAGCCCACCAGAAGAUGCAAGCCAAGGGAUAGCCAACCACAGCUCAACUAUGGCAGAGAUUCAUGUAUGUCCUAGUGUCCAUACCAUGGUUCACAAUCUUAAUGGACACGUGUACCAUAGGCCAGCGAAAUCCUCCAGCACUCAACAGUUAAGUCCCAGCCAUAUAUCUCAUGUGGUGUUGAACUUCAGAGCCAAUGGAAGAGAGGACUCAGUGGACUCUGGUCACUCCAGCUCUGGAAGCUUCAAGUUAUGUGCUGAGGGUCCGUACAUAGACUCCUCAGAUUGUCCAAUGCCUCAGAGGACCUUUGGGAAGGUACCAUCCCUGGAUGCAGGAGUCUCCAACAAGAACUUAGAGUUCUCCAAGGACAAGAGCAUUACCUUAUCUAUCGACGUUGAUGAUCCAGUUCAUCCUGACCAUCAACAGUUUGAGCAGGAAGAGGAGGAGCUGGAGGACAUCUGGAACCACACCAACCGCUACCGAGAGAGUCUUAACUCUGACAUCAUGUAUAAUGGCUACCAGGCCACCUCUUCUCCAGACCGGCACAGGGAACCCUCACCCAAAGAACAAGCAGUGCUCUUCAGGAAGUUGGUCACGGCCUCCGCACCCAACCUUCUUGUGGCGGAGUUCAGACUGCCACCAUCCAUCCAGACUAUGGUGGGUUCUGGGAAGCAGCAGAACCCAAGGGAAGAGAGGAAAAUUCUGGAUAAAGGGGACAGGAGGUCUUGGGCUGCGUUCACACAACAGGAACAGGUUUACAAACAGGUGGCUGUUAAUGAAACUGCUUCAGAUAUGGUGAAACUACCUGAAAUAGAGGACCAGCAAAAGUAUAUCUACCAUUAUAAAGAGGAGGAGGAGGAGGAGGAGAAGGAAACAGGGUUUCUGAAGGACCAGUCCAUGAGCCUCCUGUCUGUUCAUAUGGGAUUGGAUGGGACCAAUGACAAUGAUAUCCAGAGUGGAAGACAAGAACUGGAACUGCCAUCUAUGGAAGGUACACUGGAGAGGAAACACAAACUACAACUGGGUGGAAAGAAGGCACCAUGCAGGGUGUGGAACUCCUAUCAUGCUGUUCUGUACAAACAAACAAUAUGUUUCUAUAAGGACAGUAAAGAUACACUCAAGAGCUGUGUGACCAGCCUUCCUCUGAACCUAAUUGGAGCGGUGUGUGAACCGUCACCAGAGUACACCAAAAAACCCAACUGCUUCUGCUUGAGAUUACGUGAUGGAUCUGAGUAUCUCCUCAGUGCAUCGUCCCGAUUUAUGAUGAAGAAAUGGAUCCUCAGAAUCCAAGCACACACUGCAUCUAGCGAUUCUGUAGUGAACAGAUCAACAUGUCAUGGGUCUUCUGCUUCAGCGACGCUCCCUAGACAUUCUCCUGCUAUCACCGGCUGUCAGUGUGGAGAUAAAUGCCACUGCUCCAUGAGAAAUUAUGUCACCACCACCGUUUUAGCACAGAGUCAGCCCGCCUCAGGCCGAACCAAAGAGAUCAUAGUCCACACCAAUGACGGACUGCAGAUCCACCAAAGGCACCAGGAUCUGUUGCUCCCCUCGUUCUCAGAUGCAGGUCAUUGUGAGGAUGAGUUUAACUCUCAUGGCGAGUUUCGGAGACAGAAUCUGUCCUCUAUGUCCACCGUUCAGGGCUGGACCAGCGAAAAGAGACGCUCACACUCCUUUACCUCAGCCACAUAUCAGAGGAUCAAGCCUGUAGCGCCCCCUUCAGGCAAAGGCCAGGACAGCAGCUCCAGCUACUCGGUGACUUUAUUCAUCAGAGAUGGUGAGAUGCCGUCAGUCUGUAAAAGCACAGCGACGGCCCCGACAAACGGUGUCUGGCAGGAGUCCGUCUCCGAUCUGCCCAUUAAGAGCUACAUGAGCCUCCCGCGACCGCCCAACAAAUCCGUCUUCAGGAAGUUCUUUGGGAAAAAGGAGUGACGGACACUUUGUGACACUGCUGGUCAAAGACCCUGACUGACAUGUGCAGGACACAAGUUACUAUUUUUCUUACAUUUAUUUAUGGAUAUGAUGGCAAGAACCAUUUUUGUAUACUUUUAAAUGAGAUCUUGUAUGAUUGUGUUGCUGCGAGAUAAGUGGAAAAUUCACUCCUUCAACUUCUCACUUUAUCAGCCGUUUUGAUAUCGGGCUCAAAUGGAUGAUUUAGUCAAAAAUGAAAAUCAUGUAAUUUACCCUCAUGUUGUUCCAAACACAUAUCACUCUUUCUUUCAUGGAAUGCAUUUAGCAGCAAUUUUAUCCAAAGCAAAUUACAAAGAGAACAAAAGCAAUUUUAUCACAGAGCCAACGAUAUUCGCAAUAUGCAAUGCCAUUAGACAACUAUAGGAAGCAUGCUAGCGGAGAAAUGCAGAGAAGAAGAAAACUGAAAUAUUUAAAGAACAAUGAAGUCUGUCAAGCUCCAAAAACACACCACAAAUCUAUCAUAACAAUUAUGCAUAUGACUUGUCCGCUAUAUUUCAAUUGCUUUGAAGUCAUAAAACAUCUUAUUGUGAGAAACGGACCCAAAUUUAUGUCAUUACUCUCUAACCAAACAUUUUAAUCAAACUUGAUUGACGGCUGUGGGCCAAAAGUAAAUGCAUUAUA